CUCUAUUUAUAACAGACCUGGACACAGGGCCCCCCUCUCCCACACGCAAGGGCACUGUGGUUUUGAAGGUGUGCCAUGCCAGUGUCGGAUCAACACUGAAGUGUUUCGAAAGCAUAACUAACGUACAACUAAAGAUGUCAUAAGCCAUUUAAGCUCAACUGCAAUGGAUGACAUAGACCACAGUGUGCUGAUAGCAGAGCAGGAUUGGGACUCUUUCUGUACAGAGAGCGAGGAAUGUUCUGUUCAGCAGGCCAAGCUUGCAGCCUUAGAUGAGUCUGGCUUCAGUGACAUUGAUGAUGAUAAAACCUCUGUCUACGUGUCAUCUCUUCCCACUCAGGCCAACCCUGACCAACACUGUGAAAAAGAUUGUGUAGAAGGACAAAAACAGCAUCAAAUAGGAGAAUGUAAAACAGAACAUACAUCUGAGAAUUCAGAGUUUACUGAAUAUCCUAGUCCUCAAACAAAGCCACAGAAUGCCAAGUCUGCUGAGCAGAUGUCCGAUGAAAGAGAAAAUCAACUGGGCGCUACAUGUGAAUGUCAAAACAAAGCAAGUGAAGACAGCAGCCUGACUGAGAAGUUAAACUUAGAGAAAUUAAGAGAAAAUGAUGAGAAUCAAGAGAAUGGUGAGAAUAAAUCAAGCCAAGCCACCAUCGAGCAAGUCUCUGAAAAAUCUUCAGCAGAUAUAAAGCAUGAAAAGAGUACGGAUGGUAUAGAAAUGCUAACUGAGGAGACGCACGCUUCACCAGUGGCCAAAAAAGAGAAGGAGCGUUGGUUUGUCACUGUAAAUGACAGUCCAAUCCGUCUGAGAGAAAAGGGUCCUACUUCAGUCCAAAAAAAAAGAAGAAAAAAAAAACCUUGUAAAAACUUGAGCCAGAAUAGCGGAGUGAUGGAGAAGUGCUCUUCCUUAAAUAACAAUACAGAGCCAGGUAAAGAAAUUAUUGACAGACAAACAACGCAGGACAAAUUUGAACAAGAAAAUGUUUUUUCUGACUCACCAAAUUUUCAAAAUGUACCUCAUAUCCAAAUGAAAUAUGUAUCGCCCAUUAGAUCAUGUGAGUGUGAAGGGGAAAAAACAAGCUGUGCCAAUAGUUUAAAAAAGGAAAGCAUGAAAAUUCCAGAAGCAAAAUUAGAAAGAAAUCCUGCCGACUCUCUAAAUUCACUUUUAACUCCCAAACAGAUGCCACAGAAAAUAUUUAAAGAUCUCAGUGACCCUUUGCCACAAUAUUGGGAUAAUGAAAGCACAGCAUGUGGUAAAUAUGACAAAUCCACAGUAGAUUAUAACUGUGAAUGUAUACAUACAACUAAUAGUUUAAGCCACUUUAAUAAUGACACUGGGGUGGAAAGUGCCAGAUUUAUUAUGGGUGCUUCUAAGCCCACUUCUCCUUCAGAUACUGAAGGAGAAAGAACAGAACAGCAAGAGCCCUUGGGACAAUCGUAUAAUAGAGAAGAAUCAUCCCAUUCAUCCCAAGAGACACAAUUCUCCAGCAACAGUGCCACGACUUCAGGUCCGACUCGACCCAUAUUCGCUAUUUCCUCCUUUUGGGAUGAAAUGGAAAAACUAACAAUAAAUGACAUUUUGCAAAUUAGAAUAGCCAAUAACAGGUCUCAACUGACAGAAAGCAGCGUUCCAGAGGAAAUAAGCCAUGUGGACGCUGUCGACACUCAUCUUUUUGAUGGGGGUGAGGUAGAAUCUAAAGAUGAUAAUUUAGAAGAUGGCCUGGUAGAUGAUACAGCAGAUUCUGACUAUUUCACACAUUUGGAUGACUCUAAACCAGACCGAUCGAGCUGCGAAUUUUCAACUUACUCUGAUUUCGAUGACGAGUUUCUACAACUUCUUCAUGCAAGUGCAAACCCUAGUCCUGAACCCCUUGAAGGCAAAGAGCAAACCCAAAGGUUUCUUGAUUCUACAUGUCCCAUGGAUUUAGAAGAAACUUGGCGGAGUGAAUCAAAUGAGAUAGUAAAGCUGUGUACUGAGAGCGAUUCCCCACUGUAUUCAGAGACAGAAGCAGAGAUGCAGGACAUAUUUCUAGUAACAAAAGAAGACAACAACAUGAGUUCCUUUCUACUGGACCACUGUAGCAUGAGGAGAUCAAUGCCUUCUCCAGUUUUAUCAGUUUCUGAUGUUCUAAAUGAUCAGAGUCUGUCGUCUUUCUUUGAAAUCUUGGAGAGCGACACAGAAUCAGAACAAUACCAAGCAUGGAUUCCAGAUAGAAACACUUCGCUUUGUUUUUCACAGAACGUAUCUGUGGCUGAGACUUAUGAUGAGGACUUCUCAGACUUUGAGGUUGAGAAUUUUCUGUUUCCUUCAGUGCAAGGUUCAACAAAAAGUGAGAAAACAUUGGUUCCAAUUUAUUCUUCUUCUCGCUCAGUGAUGAAAGACCUAGAAUUUCCAGAGGUAGAAAAUGUGAUACAGUUGGAUAGUGAAGACGAGAUCGGCCCAAUCCGAGUUAUGAGGUGUGCAAGCCCCUCUGAAACAUCAAACAUGUGCUUUAUCACUAGCCAGAGAAGUACCUGGAGAAACCUUUCUCUGAGACACACCAAACUUUUAAUGGGAAGGACAUGGUGUAGGAUGGCCACUUCUUGGGGUUUUCCCAAUACAGCCGACACAGUCUACGGUUAUGGAACAAAAACAACAUCAAGUUCCUCUAUAGCUCAACCAAAGCUUCCAGUGGUUCUCCUAGAAAACCAGGCCCUUGGACAAUUGACAGAGCGUCAGAUACAAGAACAUCAGAUACAUGUUGGGGCAACGGUCACAGACACAGAUAGAGAUUGCUUCCUUUUUUCAUUAAAACAAGCAGACAUGUGCCUUGUUUGCAUUGCUUUUGCGUCUUGGGUACUCAAGUCAAGCGACCCACAAUCUACAGACAUGUGGAAAGCAGCUCUUCUGGCAAAUGUGAGCGCGUUAUCUGCCAUCCAGUACUUGCGGCGAUACAUAAAAGAAGGAUGAACCAUAAAAAUCUAGUAUUAGAGCUUUCUGAGGAUUUCUCACAAGGGGCCAGUGUACAGGAAAGGGUUAAUUUUGCACAAAUUCACACCAAACACUUUAGUAAAUACACGUAUUAGGUUGUAUUCCAUAUUUCCUAACAGUCUAAUAUUUUAAUGUUUAAUAUAUUCAUGUUACAAAAUAGGUGUUCAAUCAAUAAAUAACUUAUCAAAGGACAAUUUUGUUAAAGAAAAGCAUACAAAGCAAAGGAGGAAACAUUAGUUUUUCCCAUACAAACACUUGUUCAGUUAGAAGACAUAUAUUGCUUUAGAUAUUAUGUUGAUAUGGACCAGAAGUGACAACUGGUAAGUUUUGCGUCAGUUAUAUUCAGGACUCAAGCUGUGCUAUACAUAUUUAUGUAACUCACAAUUAAACUAUUUUGCAGUGUACAUAUAAAAAAAACAUUUUCAAUGAUAUUCACACUAGAUGUAUCUAUUAAAUGCAAAAACAUCAUGCGGCCAAAGAUAAAAAAAAGAAAAAAAGAAACAGAUCUGAGAACAUUUCAUAAAGAAUAUAAAUUCGCACAUAAAAUAUAGUUGGGAGUUAAGGAGGUAUCAGAAAGUGCCAGAAGAAUGACUGCUGCUGAGUGUCAAAGUGUUUCUAUCAGAGAUAAGCGGUGUCAAUGUGAAAAGAGCAAGUGUAUAUGAAACAGCCUCAAAAAAUAUGCUUACAAAAAAACAUAAACGAAUUUAGCACUGAAAGCAAAUGUACUGAUAAAAAAAGAGAAAAGAUCUGAGUUGACUAUAUGUGUUCAUAUGACAUGUAAAGGGAUGUAUUGAAGUGUAUGAAGAAGAGUAAAAAUGAUCCAAACUGUUUGAAAUAAUCAUGCAUUUGUCAUCAAAAUGACAGUUUUGAAGUUUUGAGAAAUGUUCAACUAUAAGGAAAUUGCAACUUGACAACACUGUGCAUGUAAAGACAAAUAUACAUCAAGACAUGGAUACUAAAAAUGAGAAUAUAUUUCUCAUUAAUAACAUCCAUAUACUUUGUAAAAUGCUAGAACAAAUGUUUAGUGUUAAUUCAAAGAAAAUAAUGACUUUUUGGCAGUUUUAGAUAAAGUAGCCCAUCAAAGUUUCACAAUAACAUUGUUAACAGAUAAACUCAUGUCCGCUUGAACACAUACAAAACAAUGGCACUCCAUUUCAUGUUUUCUAUUGUUAUUUUAACAAUUAAUAGAAGUGCACAACAAUACACUUGUAUUGCAUUAAACGGUCACAAUAUUA